CAAGCUUCACAAUCAUGUUCUUUUGUGAGUGUGCCAAGCAUAUCGAGAUAGACUAUCAUAUUAUUAGACGGAAAUUACAACCCGGUUGCUGAUUUUUUUCACCAAGCCUUUACCUUAAUCUACAUUUCUAAAUUUGCUUCACAAGUUGAGCAUACAUAAUAUAUAGGGCUAUUACAAAACUACCCUAAAAAAUUCAAAAAAUUUAUAAUCUUCUUAAGCAAAUGAGCUUAUGCCAAACAAACAAAAACACUCUCAUCAAUCUGCUAAAAAUAUCAAAAUCAUUAAACCAAGCCCAACAAAUUCACCAACAAAUCACAGUAUCUGCCUCACUUAACCAACCCAUUACACUCACCAAACUCAUCCAACUCUAUGCAGAUUCUGACGAUUUUAUCUCUGCACAUAAACUGUUCGAUAAAAUACCUCAACCAAAUGUAUACGCCUGGACCUCGCUUUAUAGCCUUUACUUGAGGCAUGGAAUGUAUGAGAAAUGUAUACAAAAUUAUGGGUUGAUGAAAUUUAGCUGCGUUUUUCCUGAUAACUAUGUGUUUCCGAAAGUGUUGAGAGCAUGCGCGCAAUUGUCGUGGUUGGAGGGGGGAAUUUGGAUUCAUAAGGAUGUUAUUGUGUGUGGGUUUGAGUUUCAUUUGCAAGUUUGUAAUUCUUUAAUUGAUAUGUAUGUGAAAUGUGGGGAUGUUAGGAGUGGUAGGUUGGUUUUUGAGGAAAUGAAGGAGAGGGAUUUGUUUUCUUGGAAUUCCAUGAUUUUGGGGUGUGUUUCUAACGGCUUGUUAGAGUCCGCUGUGGCGCUUUUAGGUUGUUUGAGAUCGGAUGGUUUGGAAGCUGAUGUUGUCACUUGGAAUACUUUGAUGAAUGCUUACUGUAGAUUGGGGCGUUUUGAUGAAGCUUGGGAGGUUUUUAAACAGAUUGAGCAGCCUAAUAUUAUUUCCUGGACCACUUUCAUAUCGGGUUAUUCUAAGCGUGGAGAGGAAGAAAUGUCGUUGAAAGUAUUUCGAGAUAUGGUUACUAGAGGUGUUGUCUCUCCUGAUUUAGAUUGUCUGUGUAGUGUCAUCAUCUCUUGCCGUCACCUUGGUGCUUUGAGGAGCGGGAAAGAAGUACACGGUUAUGGGAUAAAAGCGAAAACAAACAGUACUUUUUACAGUUCAGCAGGUGCUGCUUUGCUCACAAUGUAUGCUAAAUUUGGUAGAAUUCAGGAUGCUGCAAAAGUGUUUGAAGUGAUGGACAAAACUGAUGUAGUGACUUGGAAUGCUAUGAUUCUUGGUUUUGUUGAAUUAGAGCUGGAGAAACCGGCAAUUGAAUGUUUUAGCGAAAUGCUAAAAAAGGGCCUUAAGGCCAAUCAAACAACAAUCUCCACCAUUUUGCCAGUGUGCUGUUUACAAUUUGGGAACCAAAUACAUGCUUAUAUUAGGAAAAGCAGCAGUCUCAGUUCUGUAGUCACAGUUUGGAAUGCAGUUAUACACAUGUAUUGCAAGUGUGGCUGUGUAAGAUCGGCAUACUCGAUAUUUUCUAGCAUGGCCACCAAAGAUAUAGUUUCAUGGAACACAAUGAUUGGAGGAUAUGGAAUGCAUGGGCACGGUCAGGCUGCACUUAAACUUCUGCGAGUGAUGAUUUCGUCAGGUAUUUGCCCUGAUUCUACGACACUCACUUGUGCGUUAUCCGCUUGUAGUCAUUCAGGUUUUGUGGACGAGGGCCUCGAGCUCUUUCACAGUAUUACUGAAAACUAUGCAUUAACGCCCAGAAUGGAACAUUAUUCUUGCAUUGUUGACUUGCUAGCACGUGCUGGUCGGUUUGAAGAGGCCAUCAGUUUUAUUGGCAAAAUGCCUCUACAUCCUGAUAAGUCCAUUUGGGGGGCUCUGCUAGCUUCCUGUCAAGCCUAUCAAAAUGUUGAUUUUGGAAUUCUGGCUGCAGAACAGCUAAUCUGCUUGGAACCCAAAUGUGCAGGCCAUUAUGUGACGUUAUCAAAUAUAUAUGCUAGAGGUGGAAUGUGGGAAGAUGCAGUAAGGGUGAGAAAGAAAAUGGAAGGGAAAGGACUGAUCAAGCCAUCCGGGAAAAGUUUGAUUGAAAUUGGAAACUGAGGAAUCGUUAUAACUGGUCGACUUUAAAGACUUGCUCCUUGUUCUUAUCUGUUGCAGAAUGAGUAUUUUGGGGAUGAAAUUGGAGCUUCUGCUGAUUUUUAUGAAGUGGAUACAAGCUAGAUAGUACGGGCACUUCACUCAUUCCAUUCUAGAAAUAUAUUGGACACUUAGAUGCUUUAGACACGAAACUUCAUUUUUUUCCAUAGGAAACAUUAAAAAAACACCGUUUCUCUGUGUCCGUAUCCAAAGUGUUCCGUUUUCCGUCGUCCGUGCUACAUAGGAUACAAGAGAAAAAGGCCUAAACUUGUUUCUCUUAUUUCUUUCUCUUCUCUGUUGCUUCUAUCUCUCUGUUGUUAUUCAUUUGUUGUAAAAACUGACAGAGUUGUUGCUGAUUUUGAUGUUAAUACCUCUCCGUGUGUUCUUCAACAGGGAUUUCAGAUGGUUCUUCUUCAAACACAAGGCCGGACUUAUUGUGAAGGGUUAUGCUCAAGUUGUUGGAGUUAUAAGAUAUGAUACUAUGAAGGUUCUGUUAGCUCUAGCAGGUCAAAUGGGUUGGAAGGUCUAUCAUUAUGACAUAAAAUCAGCAUUUUUUGAAAGUUUCGAACUUGUUGGGAGUGAACACAGAGCAUACAAACUCAAGAAUGAGAAUGAGGCCACAACUGAUCUAGGCAUCUUCUACACAAGGUCUCAAGUUGUGAAAUUAAUUGUUAUGCCAUUGAUGAUUUGAGAAACACCUGAGAAUAUGUUUUCUCUUAAGAAACUGGAGAUGUAAUGUUUGGAAUGCCAGAAAGCAAGAUAUUGCGGCUCAGUCAACUGCAAAAACCGGGUAUGUAUCAGUUGCAGCUACAGAAAAUCAAGCAAUUUGAGUGAGAAACAUUCUUGCAGAUUUGGGUCAUGUCCAAAAACGAGCGUAUUGAUUUGUUUGAUGACGAUAAAUCAGCCUUGGCUAUAGCCCAAAAUCUAGUUCAACAUGGAAGAACCAAGCAUAUGGAUGUCAAAAUUCAUUCCAUAAGGGAGGCUGAAAAGAAUCAGUUUAUAAGUAUGUCCUUUCAAGACAUCAAGAGAAUUGUUCACUAGUACUGUCCAUUUGUGCAUGAAUUGCAGUUUUCGUCUCCGUUCGCUAUUGAAAGAAAUGGAAUGUAUCUGUUUGUAGAGAUUUAGCAUUUAUUGUUCAAUAUACAUGUAAGCAGAAUCGAAUAAAUUUCCCUUGUGUGAAUAAAGAUGUUUGGUGCAGCUGCUAUUAAUUCUUUGUUUAA